CCGCGUUGGUGUUUACAGAUGACGUCGGAGCUGUAGCCGCUAUGAGAUGUAGCUGACAGGAGAAAAAUGCUUCUUUAAAAGUGGAAUUCAAGAAAUAGUCACCGGACAGAAGCUGUAAUUAACAGUGAAAAGAUGCUGGAGUCCUACGUGACGCCGCUCUUGAUGAGCUAUGUGAACAAGUACAUCAAGAACCUGAAGCCCUCCGACCUGCAGCUUUCUCUAUGGGGAGGGGACGUGGUGCUCAGCAAGUUGGACCUGAAGCUGGAUGUGUUGGAGCAGGAGUUGAAGCUGCCGUUUACAUUCAUGAGUGGGCAUAUCCAUGAGCUACGAAUCCACGUUCCUUGGACCAAGCUGGGCUCAGAGCCUGUCGUUAUCACCAUCAACACCAUGGAGUGUAUCCUCAAGCUAAAAGAUGGAGAACAGGAUGACCAUGACAGCUGCUCCAGCUCUACUAGCCGCAGUGUCUCCGACAGCUCCAAGUCCACCGCCAAACCCCGCCGCCUCCAACAAGCAGCACCCAGUGACCCUGACCUGCCACCAGGUUAUGUGCAGAGUCUAAUCAGACGUGUGGUGAACAACGUGAACAUUGUGGUGAACAACCUGAUUCUGAAAUACGUUGAAGACGACAUCGUGCUCUCGGUCAACAUCACCUCAGCAGAGUGCUACACUGUGGACGACAUCUGGGAGAGGGCUUUCAUGGACAUAACUGCCCCAGAGCUGGUCCUAAGAAAAGUGAUAAACUUUGCUGACUGUACUGUGUGCUUGGAUAAGAGGAACGCCAGCGGGAAGAUCGAGUUUUACCAGGAUCCUCUGUUGUAUAAAUGCUCCUUCAGAACCCGCCUCCAUUUCACGUACGACAGCAUCAGCUCCAAGAUCCCGGCUGUCAUCAAAAUUCACACAAUGGUGGAGAGCCUGAAGUUAUCCAUCACUGAUCAGCAGCUGCCCAUGUUUAUCCGAAUCUUAGAGCUGAUUAUUGCUCUUUACUACGGAGAGAUAGGAGGGCACAAAGAGAGCGAGGCGGAGGAGGGCAGCGGUCAGUUAAGGGAAGGCGGAGCAAGUUCUCCCGGCACUGAUGCUGAAAUGGAAAGUUUGGGCUCCAGCCAGUAUUCCAGCCAGGAGCUUUACAUGGAGUCUGGGAGCCCUGAAGAUGCAGAUCAGGGUUGGAUGUCCUGGGCUUGGUCCUUUGUCCCUGCCAUCGUAGGAGCAGAGGAAGAAGGGGAGGGAGGCCUCUACAGCCAGGGGGAAACUGAAGGCCUUUCCAACAACCCUCAGCAGCACACGUCUAAAGACCCCAUUGUUUCCAUAGGCUUCUACUGCACCAAAGCUUCGAUAACCUUCAAGUUGACAGAUACACAGUUGGAGAGCAGCUACUACAGUCCUCAGAAAGUCAAAUCCAGAGAGGUUCUGUGUUUGGAGCAGGAGGGAAUCACCAUUGAGGUGCUCAUGAUGGGGGAACCCUUCUUUAACUGCCAGAUCGGAUUCGUCGGCUGCCGGGCUCUGUGCCUGAAAGGCAUCAUGGGAGUUCGAGACUUUGAAGAAAAUCUGAACAGACGUGAGGAGGAUGCAGUGUUCUUCAGCUGUGGAGACAAUCUAAAGAGUAAAGGAAUGACCUACCUUACCAACUCCUUGUUUGACUACCGCAGUCCAGAGAACAAUGGAGUAAAAGCAGAGUUCAUCCUAGACUCUGCUAAUCACAAGGAGACCUACACAGAGAUAGCGGGCAUGCAGCGCUUUGGGGCUUUCUACAUGGAUUAUCUCUACACAAUGGAGAACAGCAGCUCCAAAGAUCAGGACUUUGCUGCGUUGACUACAGAGGAGUUGGUUCCUGCAGCUCAAGAGACCUCCGUGAAGAGGCUGGUGGUCGGACCUCUGGACAUCAGGCUGCACAGUAGUGCCGUCCACCGCAUCCUCAAGAUGAUCACCUGUGCCAUGGAUCACGAAUAUGAGCCUUAUUGCAAACCACAGCAAGAAGUAACUGAGGCGUGCCAUGGUCCAUCAACCCCAGAGGAGAUUUCUCGUUUAGAGGAGUUCAUCCCGACCAGACUCACUUCCGUCACUCUGCUCCAAGUCUCUGUGACUGUCUCAAUGGCGGAGUUCAACCUUCUUCACACCCUUCUUCCCGUCAUUAUGGGAUAUAAGGCUACUCCAAGACCGGCCUCUGUUCCAGUGUUUCAGCCGCUGCACCCGCUACCCUCCGUUCAGUUUCAGGUUGAAAGGGUGAAUUUUGACCACUCUGUCCCAAUGUACGGUCCAGAGCUGGUCAGUACCGUCAGCAGCCUUAGCCAGCCCCCAGACAACCUGCUGCAUCACUGCUAUGCACAUCUCUACCUCAAGGUGUUUGGGUUCCAGGCCGGCUUAACAUGCCAGGAUCGCACGGGGAGCUUUCUGCCUCUCAUCUCCAUCAUCCCUGCCUUCAGCACAGCCAUCUAUGGGAAGCUCAUACAGCUGCCUGCUCUUUG